UUAGGGUUUUAUUCUCCGCUUUUCCUCAAAACCCUAAUUUCCCAAUCUCAGAAAUGGCCUGCUCCGCUCAAAUCAACGCCUUGGGAACCUCUUCCCCCAACUUCGCUUCCCCAAAGUCGUCGCCGUUCCUCGGUCGCCAAAGACUCGGCCAAACGGCGCCGCUCCGGGGCUUCGUCACCCUCCGGCCCAACCUCGCCGCGCGACGCGCCGGGCCGCUCCGCGUGGUCAACGAGAAAGUCGUCGGCAUCGACUUGGGGACGACGAACUCGGCCGUCGGCGCCAUGGAGGGUGGGAAGCCCACCAUAGUGACCAACGCCGAGGGGCAGAGGACGACGCCGUCCGUGGUGGCGUAUACGAAGAACGGGGACAGGCUGGUGGGCCAGAUUGCGAAACGGCAGGCGGUUGUGAACCCGGAGAAUACUUUCUUCUCGGUGAAGAGGUUCAUUGGGAGGAAGAUGUCUGAGGUUGACGAAGAGUCGAAGCAGGUUUCGUAUAGAGUUAUCAGGGAUGAGAAUGGGAAUGUCAAGCUCGAUUGCCCUGCUAUUGGGAAACAGUUCGCCGCCGAAGAAAUCUCUGCUCAGGUUUUGAGAAAGCUGGUGGAUGAUGCUUCAAAAUUUUUAAACGAUAAAGUCACCAAAGCUGUGGUCACUGUGCCUGCUUACUUCAAUGAUUCUCAGAGGACUGCUACCAAAGAUGCUGGCCGUAUUGCUGGGUUGGAAGUGCUGAGGAUCAUAAACGAACCUACUGCUGCUUCAUUAGCGUAUGGAUUUGAAAGGAAGAACAAUGAAACUAUCUUGGUUUUUGACCUUGGAGGUGGUACCUUUGAUGUCUCAGUUCUGGAGGUUGGUGAUGGUGUGUUUGAAGUGCUAUCAACUUCUGGAGAUACACAUUUGGGUGGUGAUGAUUUUGAUAAGAGGAUUGUUGAUUGGCUUGCUGAAGACUUCAAAAGAAAUGAAGGAAUUGAUCUAUUGAAGGAUAAACAAGCUCUUCAGCGGCUGACAGAGACGGCUGAGAAAGCCAAAAUGGAGUUGUCAUCUUUGACGCAGGCAAACAUUAGUUUGCCUUUCAUUACUGCUACGCAAGAUGGCCCCAAGCAUAUUGAGACCACCCUUACUAGGGCCAAGUUUGAGGAGUUGUGCUCAGAUCUCCUUGACAGAGUUAAAACUCCUGUUGAAAAUUCCUUGAGGGAUGCAAAGCUCUCCUUCAAAGACCUAGAUGAGGUUAUACUUGUGGGUGGUUCAACACGUAUACCUGCUGUUCAGGAGCUUGUCAGGAAGUUGACUGGGAAGGAACCAAAUGUUACAGUCAACCCUGAUGAAGUUGUUGCCCUUGGUGCUGCAGUUCAGGCUGGUGUAUUAGCUGGAGAUGUAAGCGACAUUGUAUUGUUGGAUGUGACACCACUGUCACUGGGUUUGGAAACCCUUGGUGGUGUCAUGACAAAGAUCAUUCCCAGAAACACCACUCUACCUACCUCUAAGUCAGAGGUAUUCUCAACGGCUGCAGAUGGGCAGACAAGUGUGGAGAUCAAUGUUCUCCAAGGGGAGAGAGAGUUUGUUAGAGAUAAUAAAUCUCUUGGUAGUUUCCGUCUGGAUGGUAUCCCGCCUGCACCACGUGGGGUUCCUCAAAUUGAAGUGAAGUUUGACAUUGAUGCCAAUGGUAUACUCUCUGUCGCUGCUAUUGACAAGGGCACAGGCAAACAGCAGGAUAUUACCAUUACUGGUGCUAGCACCCUGCCUAAUGAUGAGGUACAAAGAAUGGUUAAUGAAGCAGAGAAGUUUGCAAAGGAGGACAAGGAGAAGAGAGAUGCCAUUGAUACAAAGAACCAGGCAGAUUCUGUUGUCUACCAGACUGAGAAGCAGCUCAAGGAGCUGGGAGAGAAGGUUCCAGCCCCUGUUAAAGAGAAGGUUGAGGCAAAACUCGGAGAGCUCAAGGAGGCGAUUUCUGGGGGUUCAACCCAGGUUAUUAAGGAUGCGAUGGCAGCCCUCAACCAGGAAGUUAUGCAGCUUGGACAGUCCCUUUACAACCAGCCUGGUGCACCUGGUGCGGGCGCAGGGCCAACACCACCGGGUGCUGAAGAUGGGCCUUCAGAAUCAUCAUCCUCAUCAGGCAAGGGACCUGAAGGAGAUGUUAUCGAUGCAGAUUUCACUGACAGCAAGUGAGCACAGCGGUUUGGUAGAUAGUUGUUAUCUUAUUUAAUUUCGUGGUCAGUAAAUGUGUAUAAGAGAUAGAAUCAACUGUGGGAUUUGAUGUGGUGCUUGGGGUUUUAAUCUGGCCAUUUUUGUUUUAAUGGAGGAUGAGAUGAUAGCGGAUUGAUAAGAGUUUACUGAAUCUAGAUUAGGGUGAGAUAGCAAAAUGUUGGAUGCAUGCAAAUUGUUUUAGCAGCAAAUCCCAUUCAAAAGCAGAACAGUGUACUCACUAAAGGAGUAUGUAUGUCCUCUCUCUACCCAAUAAUAAUACUCCUAUUGCUUUGGUUUUUGACAC